GGCGCAGCUGCUUCGUGGUGGUUGAUGGUGGUUGAUGAAGUGGAUGAAGUGUGCGCCACAUAAUGCACGUAAAUUUGUGGUUGUUGCAAGUUGUUGUUUAUUUUGUUUUUUGAUAAAUUAUAUGCAAAAAAUGCCUGAAUAGAUUUCAAAGUGUCAGCUGUCCGGUGGCCUUGCCAGCCAGCCUGUGAGUCAGUACCAUCCAGCGUGCGGAGCGGACCCGCGCCGGCGCCCAGACCCGCGCGCCGACCGCCGUCCGCCGAGACUGGCCGCGGGCACAGCUCUGUGCCUCGCCCCUCCGCUCCCUCCGACACUGGCCGCUGACCGUGCUCCGCAGCCGCCGUGGACCGCCGAGUAUGACUGAGGUUGGCAUCCAGACCGAUUCCGAGCCGCUGUUGCCGCCACCCGCCGCCGACCGCGCCGCCGCCGCCGCCACCGCCGCCGCCGAGAAGGCGGGCCGUCCCAUGUCGCGGACGCGCUGUCUGCGGCUGCUGCUGCUGCUGACCGCCGCCGCCAGCACACUGGCCAUCGUCUACUUCGCCUACCUGUGUCCGGCGGGCGCGUGCGGCGGCGGCACCGGCCUCGGUCUGGGCGCCGGCGGCCCGCCGGGCGCGCCGCUGGCCGACCGACAGGGCCGUCCGCGACUGCCCUCCGCUGCCGACUCGCUCAGCUUCGAUCAGCUGCUCAGCGAGGGUGUGCGCUUCGACGUCUCGGGGGACGACGUCAUGGUGUUCCUGCAUAUCCAGAAGACGGGUGGCACCGAGUUUGGCCGACACCUGGUGCACGACCUGGACCUGGAGCGGCCGUGCGUCUGCUACCGCCGCAAGAAACGAUGCCAGUGUCUGCGGCCUGGCCGCGACAGCCGGUGGCUGUUCAGCCGCUACUCGACGGGCUGGAGGUGCGGCCUGCACGCCGACUGGACAGAGCUGACCGCCUGCGUGGAUGAGGCUAUGGACCAGCUAGAGAGAGACCGACACAAGCGCAGGUAUUUUUACAUCUCUCUGCUGCGGGAGCCGGUGCAGCGCUACCUGUCCGAGUGGAAGCACGUGCGGCGGGGCGCCACCUGGAGCACCAGUCGGCACUGGUGUGGCGGACGGGAUGCCACAGAGGCGGAGCUGCCGCACUGCUACGACGGCGAGGACUGGUACGGCGUGUCGCUCAACGAGUUUCUGCGCUGCGACUCGAACCUGGCCGCCAACCGGCAGACACGCAUGCUGGCCGACCUGCACCUGGUCAACUGCUACACGGGCACCGGCAUGUCGGCGGACGAGCGCGACAGGGUCAUGUUGGCCAGCGCCAAGACCAACCUGCGCCAGAUGGCCUUCUUCGGGCUGACCGAGGACCAGCCGCGCAGUCAGUACAUGUUCGAGCAGCUGUUCGGGCUGCGCUUCCAGACGGCGUUUGCCGCCUACAACCGCACGCACGCGGAGAGCGCGCUGCGCGCCCUGCGGCCUGGGCAGCUGGAGGAGGUGCGACGCAGAAACGCGCUCGACCUCGAGCUGUACGAGUACGCGCGACAGCUGCUCCAGGAGCGCUUCGAGCGGAUACGCGCCGCCGACGACCACUUCCGCGAGCAUAUGGAUGCCCUGGGCACGGUGGACGAGCGAGGUUCGACCGAACUGGAGCACCAGCGACGGUGAUUGGCGCUCCUGGUGGUGGCCGCGGCGCUGAUUGGUCGGUGAGGACGCCGGGCCGCUGGUGAUUGGUCGGUGUGAUGCGAUCCAUCGCACGAUCGCUGCUGCUCUGAAAGCGACUCGCUCACCGGUGCGGCCUUUGGGCUUUUUAGGAAGAAUGCAGGUCUACUCAGCUCUCACGAUACUGCUAUGAAUGCCGGCAGAGAGCAACUCUGGAGAUUUUAGGCUGCUUCUCUGAUACUCGCGGUCGGCCGCCGAUCAGUGUUCACCUCUGCACGUGGGCUGUUCGUUCCCACCACCCACCCACCGUGCCCUGAGCUCGGGCGGUGACUUGGAGUGACCAGGCGAACUCGGGCCCUGUUCUUAUUCAUGACUGGCCUCGGGACUUUCUGUGGAUCAGUGUACCUUUUUGAAUGUUUCUAUAAUCACCUUAGGCUUGGCCACGUGAUCAGCUACUUUACUAUUUGUAAUUCGCAUGGCUGAUGCUACUUCCGCUGCUGAUAGAAGCGGAGUGAUUUUUGCGUGGGUUGGGGUUUUAAUGUCGGAGUUUAGAUCAUCAUUUUUCUCAUUAGGUGUCGUGACUCGUCUUAUAAAGUGUUCCGCAUUAUGAGUGUGCCAUCAGGGUGUUCGAUUUUGAGCUUGUUCGCGGCCUGUGAGCGCUGUCCAGUGCAGUCACACCGCCACCCCCGUGUACUUCAUUGAGCCGGUGCCGAGAGGCGUUCAUUUUGGUAGCAUUUAUCCAUACAACGAUUGAGUGUUUUGUACAACCCUCGGGCCCGGAGAGGACCAUGUUUUGUAUUACCGUCAGAGUGCGGCCGUGUCGACUCUCAGGCGGUCGGAUCGCACCGAGGUGUCGCCCCGCCGGCAUGGCCAGCACAGUGCAACAUAUCCGUGUGAAUAUGCCUUUCAUCGACCGUACAAUGCUUGCAGCGCGGAGGGGAUCGGAGCGGGGCGUAGGGUGGACCGUUCCGGCCGGUACCGGCAGCGCUCGGCUGGCCGGUGUCCUCCGUUGGGCACGGUCCUCGCAUGGCAGGGUUUGUGGACUGAGUGUGUGCUUGUGAGUGCGGCGUACGUGAUUUACCGCGAUGCAUUGCGGCAGGCUACCUUCAUUUGUUCGAUACGCAUGUUUAGUUGUGAGAUAUCUGCUGGGGAUGAAUAUGCUGAUGUGGAUGAUUGAUUUAUAUGUGGGAUUACCGCCCGCGCCACUGCAGAGGCGCCAGUAUUAACUCAAUGGGCGCUAUUUGACGGGGAGCAUGCUGUGACCCCUGUGACUGAAGAAUGAGGGCACAUUAGGCAUAUGUGUUAUUUUAUAACCAAAGUCGUAAUAGAGAAUGUUACAUAAAUGA